AUGCUGAAUGAACUGCCUGUCGAGAUCAAACUAGAACUACUAAAGUCACAUUUGCAAUUGGCUUUCUUGAACACAGAAUGGUACCGUCUGAGCAACCGCUUUUAUAAGGAGCACUGCUUGAAAUUGAAGCCAAAAGCUUACUGGAUCCGACUACAAAACGGUGUAUGUCGUUAUAUUGAGACUUUGGAUAAAGAAAGAGGGGCUGCUCGAAGGAUCAAUGCGAGAAAUAGUUUGAGCUACGGAGAUGAACUGAGCAACAUUCCCUUUAUGUCAGAUUCUUGGCAAAUCAUUUACAGCGUUUUGUUCCGAAAUCCCAGGUUCUUUGCCAUGGAAUGCGAAAGUCGUGAGAUGAACUUAUCGCAUGAUGUUAAAACGGAGUAUUACUGUCCAAUGGAGUUGGAGAGUGGUAGAAAGUAUCCAUGCAACCUGUGGUGCAAAAAGGUAACGGAUGGCGGGUUUUUCGGCUCCAUAAGGGUGGCCAUUUACGGGCAGCCGGACUGUACAGACCCAUUACUGUUGCGAGAUCUACCAUUGGUUCUUAAUGACUGGUGUAAAGUUCCUGGAAUGUAUUGUCUGUACGGUGGUGACUUUGAAAUACCAAAAUCCGCUACUUCUCUACAAGUGGUGCAUAUGGGGGUUUCCAUCACUAACGCAACUAAUGUCGUUUUGGAGGCAGUAGAUACCACGCCUUUUCAAAACGCAAAAAGCUGGCUUUUGUUUAGUACGCGUGAGAUGGAAAUCUUCAAUCCGACCGAAAAGCUUUUGAGUGCUGAGAGGAUGCACUGGGAUGAGAAAUUUGUGAAUAUAAACAACACCGCAUCUACCAAAGAAGCUGAGUUCAACUUUGUCUACCGCUUUCCGAAAGAUUCAGGGUCGCACAACGACUUGAAAAGUGUUUGGUUUCCGCGUUUAAGAGAUUGUUCUAUGAUAGACACUUAG